AUGGAUUGUCACCUGCCGAAAGAAACACAGCAAAUUGAUCGCGUAAUGGAAGCUUUUGCAAAGCGAUAUCAUGAAUGUAAUCCAGAUUUAUUUCCCUCUUCGGAUACCGCAUAUGUUCUUGCGUUCUCAAUGUUAAUGCUUCAUACUGAUGCAUUUAACAAGAGCGUAAAGCGAAAGAUGACAAAGGAAGAAUUUGUAAAGAAUACAAAGAUCGAUGGAAUUCCUCCAGAGAUAUUGGAGAUCCUUUAUGAUAAUAUCACGUUCACGCGAUUUAUUUAUGCUGAUGACGACGUAGAUGUUAAUGGACAGACCAUGCUUUCUUCCUCUCAUAAAUCCCGUCAUUCAAUAAUAUUUGGAUUACUGGAUCGUUCUUCGUGCUUCAAGAAUGAUCCUUACUUUGUCAUCAAACAUAAAAUUCGAACCGACUACACCCCAUCGAUUGAACAUAUUGUUCCGUCGGAAAAUCCUUUUUCAUAUAAAGGAACACUUCCUGAAUUUGACACAGUUGGUAUUCAUCGCGCAUUUACAACGGCUCAUACUAUUCGGAUCACGGGAGUGAGGACCCAACGGAAUAGUGAAACAUUCAAUCAAAUAUCGUCUUCAAUACACCCUUUGGGUGAUGAUGAAGGGUCAUUUCUUCUUAAAAUUACCAAAGCUGGAAAAUUAAGUCGUAAAGUUGAUUUAUUAGAAGGAAAGAAAUCUGGAGUUAUAAGAAGUUGGAGUCAAUAUGGGAUGAUUUUAAGUGGAAGUCAGAUAAUGAUGUUUAAGGAUGAUGAUUGGUUCAAUUCUAAAAUUUCCGAUUUGAAAGAUCCAUCGAAGUCAACAAUAUUACCUACAUUAAAACCGGAUAUGAUCCUGAUGACUUCAGAUUCGGUUGCUUUACAUGAUAAAAGCUAUACAAAAUAUAAACAUGUAUUCCGUCUAGUAUGUCCAAAAGGCAAUCAGUAUCUUUUCCAAGCUGAAAACGAAGUCGAAAUGAAUGAUUGGAUUACAAAGAUAAAUUACGCGGCCACCUUUAAAACUGUGGGAUUGAAAAUGAGACAUACAAGGAGUAGCAGUUUAAAUCAUAAUAAAAGUUUAAGCACUGAGAGUGGACCACCAAAAAGGCAUACGUUCUUACAAUCAUUUUUUAAUUAUCAACAAAGUUGUAAUGAUGAUAGUAAAAUUAAUGAUGCUCACAGCAGGGCCGAAGUUUUGAAAGCAAAGAUUGAAGAACUUGAAGGAAAAAUCAAAAUGUUGAGGUCACAAUUUGAAACUGAUAUUCGAUUUAGAAAUAAUUUGAUAAUAAUGAUUCCAUAUAAAGCAAUAACGAGGGAUAGGAUGAUUCAGGUGGCAACGGAAUUGGGAAAAAGAAUAAGAGCAACAUCUUUAGAAUUAAGCAGGUUAGAUUGUUAUAAUGAAAUUCUGGAAAAAGAUUUAUAUUCAACGACUAUCGGAGACAAUUUUUAUUGGCAAAACGGAAGUAUCAAUAGUAAUCACGGUCAUAACCGUCUUUCGCAUAUCGUUACCUCUAGAAAAAAACAUCAUCGUCGUAGUAAAACUCAUUCAAAAUAUUAUACGAGUGCAGCAUCAGAUGAUGAUGUCAAUAUUAAAGUCAGACCAGUCACCUUUGGCUCGUUUCACCAUGAAUGA